AUGGCUGUUUCCGCCUCAGCCGGGCUAUUAUCGCGGUUAACAAAUGCGAGAAAUGCCGUGCGAAAUAUCAAUAAUCUUGCGAAUAUCACACCCAAAUUUACUCUCAGUUCGUCUUUCGUUACGAGAAAAUACUCCCUGAAUAUAAAUGCCAUCAUUGAUACGGGCGUGGAUACUAGUAAGCCUAAGAAAAAAGUGAGCAAAGCUAUGAGGGCUUAUUUGGAGAGAGCUCAAGAAUAUGAUAUGUUUAUGAAAAAGGAAGCCACGGAGUAUGAAAUUGGAAAACGUCAUCUGGCAAACAUGAUGGGAGAAAACCCUGAAAAUUUUACACAGGAAGACGUUACUAAAUCCAUACAAUAUCUUUUUCCAUCUGGCUUGUACGAUAAAAAAGCUAGACCGAUAAUGGAGCCUCCAGAAAAAAUGUUCCCAUCGAGAAAGGCUGCUGAAUUCGACGAGACUGGUCGACCUUAUCAUACACUGUUUUACACGUGCAAGCCGAAUUAUAAUCAGUUGCUCCAUGAUAUCGUGACGAAUCUUAACAACUUGAACGACGUCGAGGACCAGUCGAUAAAAAAAGGACUGAUGCCACGUCCGGAAGACGCAAUCCAACUUACGAAUUCUGAAUGGAAGACGAAGCCAGAUUUAGAGACAUUUUUAUUAGAAGUGUUGAACGACGGUGAAUAUGAUAAAUUCAUUGCAGCUGCCGACAGGUUAGCUGAGCAUCCUUACUCUUUUCAAGUCAAAGACUUCAUCAUGAAAGUGCGAAAUUAUAAACUUUUGCAGUCCGAGGCUUUUACAGCUCUGGAACUACAAUAUACACCGGAUGGUCGACCUUUCGUUACGGUGAAAGAAUGCCGUCGAAAAUCAGCCAGAGCAGAUGUUACGGUAAUCGGAAACGGUACAGGAAAAAUAACGAUUAAUGGAGAGGACCUCACAUACUUCAGCGACAUUCAGUCACGGGAACAGGUCAGUCCGAUUAAAAUUUUAACGGUAAAUCUUGAAGGAGCGUACAUGCGCGAGGAAGAUUAUUCACCUCAAGACGAAGACAACUCGACUGGUCGAGCGAUCGAAUUUUGA